UAUUCGAUCAGCUGUUUCUAUUUACAUUCUGAUUUUGUUAAUUUGUCUGCAGGCUAUUAGUUAAAAUAAUUAAAAACAAAAAUGGAAUCACCCCGAGAUAAUGACGUCAAAGCCAAGCGUAUCCGUUGCAACCCACCCCGUAGAUGGGCGGCAGCAGAAAAGAAGUCUCUAAUUGAGUUUCUGUUGGAAAAUCGGCAACUUGAGAAGCCGUCCGCUCAAGCUUACUAUAAGCAGUUCUGCAUGGCAAAAAAUCUAACCAUGGAGUGGAAGCUUGUGCGUUCUAAAGUGCGGAACAUGAGAGUGAGCUACAACAAAGCGAAGACAUGGGAAGGCUCGACGGGAGCAGGUAGCAUGAGUGGCGAAACUAUUAAAAGUACUCUACUAAAAAUGUGCAUUUUUUUUUACGAGCUCGAAGACAUUUUUGGGAGCAGAGUUAGUGAAUGUGCCGCAAUCGAAGAUACGAUGACCGCUGAGUAUUUGGAUUUUGAAGGUGCUGUAGAAACUCAGAUAGCAGUACCGAUUGAAGAACCGGAGAGCUCCCAAGGCCCAGAUUGUGUGUUACAUUUAAAUGGUAACGAAAGUUCUGCCGAAAUUAGUUGUACGCCAAGUACGAGCCGUAAGGGCAUAUACAGCAGAACGGGGGUUUCGGAAAUAAUGAAACUCCAAGCCGAAGUCAUUAGUUUCAAGAAAGAAAAACUAGAAGCAGAAUUGGCAGCAAGAGACAGGGAGUUAGUUAUAAGGGAAAGAGAAUUGGUGUUAAAAGAAAAGAAUUUUGAUUUGAAAGAAAGGAAUUUUAAAAGCGAAGAAAAGCUGAAAGUUCCUGAGCUCGAAAUGAAAGAGCGAUUAGCUAUGGAAGAGCUUAAGCUUAAAUAUAAACAAUUAUUUUAACGUAACUUAAAUGAUUUAAGGUAAUAUAGUGGCGAGCACAAAUGAGUAUAUGUAUAGUGAUUUUUCUUACAAUAUUCGCAAUGCUUUUCAUGAUAAAUUUUUUCAUAAAUUUUUUAAACGAAUUAGUUCA